ACUCGCUCUCCUCUAUUUUCGGAAAUUUAGUCGAAGAGCGCAGGAAACAAACGUACAUGUUCAAGCUGAAAGAGUUCAUGUUAUUAACCCUUUACACCCUAACAUCAGUAUGCAUAUUCCCCACACUGUUCUUUAUACAUUUCCCUAUAGUGCCGACAAGGAGAAUUUUAUCGUCAAUCAAAAGGUUUCUUCCCUUGUGAUCAUUUCCUUUAUUCUCACGACUUUAAUGUGUGAUUCAGGAGUGAUAUUGUAGGGAGAAAUUAGAUGCUGGUCACUUUCAGGGUUUAAAGGGUUAACCUCCGCUUGGGGCUUUGUUGUGAAGAUGAGGGAAACGACCGCACUUCUGGUGUUUUAUGUUGUUGAGCUUGAAGAUUGCCCAUAGUGCUGGGCGUCAAAAUCAGCAACAUGGAGAUUCUAGCCUGUUAGUGUAUCUCUGAAACUGGAAUGUAUGCUUUGAAGAUGAAGCGAGCGCAGAAAACUAAACUAUUUUCUAAAUUCACGACAGUUCUUUCAUGGUUUCGUGGUAUGAUUGCGUACGUUCGAAGACCACAAUCUUGACAAAACAAGUAAGUUUCAAGCGUUGACUUCGUUUUUAAACGAGUUGCUUGGUUAGCCGGGAUGCGAAUGCAAGAACGAGAAACCUUCCAGAACCUUCCCCCACUCGUCCUUUGUCGUGCCACAUUUCAUGGUUAAGUACCUAGAACACGUCAAAAGAAUCACCUGGCUUCCCACGGCAGUCGUCCACUGAGAUGUGACAAGAAAUGUGUGACAACAAGGAAACUACUGUUUUCUGAACAAAAAAUACCUUCAAUGCUUUUGCUAGUGAAGAACGUAGUCAGAUCCGUCGAAGGUCGCAUUAGACUUAUCUUCUGCUCUAAAGAGCAUCUUAUUUCUCCUUACAGUGUCACCACCAAUUGUUAAGGAAAGUCUUUUUACCACUAUAGAGGAUGUAUGCAGAACAGUGUAGUGCAUAUGUAGACCGAUGAAAGAGGAAAAAGGUUUGACGGAGUUAAAUAAGGCCACAGUUUAAGACAAUCGGUGGACCUCAAGAUUUCUUCACAAGUGGGUCUUGGAAGUAAGGAACUUUGCAAGAUUUAAGCCAUCUUUAAAAAAUUUAGGUUUAGAUAAAACGUUGAAUUUCGUUGAAGACGGAUUAAAACGUAGUUGUGCUAAAAACGGCUAAACUUUGUUGUGUUAACUGGUCUUACUGGGUCCGUCUCUUACCAAAAUGUCUACGACAACUUCCAACCUCUACCAUGCGGCCGAGAAUGUUGUUGAAUGCGAAGAUAAUCACCUUUGUUACCAGAUGCCGUGCCUGUUUACACAAAUGUGGACAUUUUAGUGGUUGACCCUAUUUAGGGUGGCAAAUGCCCUUUCAAGUACUUUGAAAUAUCAAAGAAUACAGGUGAAGUGGUGUGGCCUGUAGCUUAGUGUUCAAGAGCGAUUGGUUCGCGCUAAAUAUCUCGCCUUAAAUAUAAAUUUCAAAAACUAAUAGAUUUAUCUAAACAGUAUUUAAACGUGCUCGGUAAAAUCAGGAGAUUUUUUUUGUUGAAAUGACACACUUUUCUCGAUGUUAAUUGGUGAUAAAUAUUUCAUCACAUUGUUAGGUAAGCUUCUAUAAUUGUUUUAACUUCUGUGAGAGACAUUUUAUCAAAACAACCGAAAAGAUUGUGGGAUUUUUCCCUUCAUUUUUUUUCCUAUUAAUCUCCCUUAUCACAGAAGGUUGGGUCGUAAUUUCAUUUAUUUGAAAGAGGGGAAAGCACAAGAAUUUGAUUAGAUCACAUUGAAGACAUUGAAUAAUGAAGAAACUCGGACUAUGAAUUGUCCAAACGGCAAGCCCUGAUGUAGGUUUUCGGUUGGAUCAAGUUGUGGCGGUUUGGAAGCAAGAAAAAACCAAGAUGCAACGUGUUUCAUACUUCAUAUGGCUCUUGACAUUCCUUUUUAGCAGUUUUCAAUGGAGAGCACUCUCAGAGAAUUCUGAAAUGUUGCAAAAAGUGAAAUCGAUCAGAAGAAUUCGUCCAAAUUAUGCAAAUAUGAACUUCCUAGCAAAGAGGAGCCCGCAAAUUCAAGGUGUCAUAAAUUCAGGCGUGCCUGGUCCGGGCGCCCAAUAUCGAUUGAAUACAGGGCAACCUAUCAAGCAAAAUCUAACGCCUUUUCAACAAGCUACAACAGUUCCUGCUGCAGUUUCAACGGUUCCUGCUGUAGUUUCAACAGUUCCUGUUGCAGUUUCAACGGUUCCUGUUGCAGCUACAACGGUUUCUGCGGCUCAACCUGCAGGACAGGUGGCUGGUGCUCAAACUCAACCUGCAGGUCAGCCAGUGAACACGAUAACGCGAACUACGGCACAAGCGUCAACUCUUUCAGGGCAACCUGCUGUUUCAGCUCCUUCUGUUGGAACUUCUCCGCAAGGAAGUACCAACGCUGCUUCUACAAAUGACAUCGAGGAUCCUAAUGACGAUCUUGCUGAAGACGAUGCCGCCGAUGACGAUACGUAUGACGAAGAUGAGUUGGACCGCGAUGAACUAGAUUCAGAACCUGAGGCCCCCUGUGUGCCACGUCGGCGCCGGCGUAGACGUCGAUGUCGUCACCCUUAUCCUCAUAAGAGUCGAAGGCUGCGUGGACCAGGACCGCCAGAGUACGACGAUUAUGAAAGACCCCGAAAACAAAAUGAUUGGGUGGACUUUAGAGGGGAUCCAGGGUUCUUUGAUCAGGGAAACCAAGGAGGCAACCAAGGAGGCAACCAAGGAGGCAACCAAGGUGGCAACCAAGGUGGCAACCAAGGAGGCAACCAAGGAGGCAACACGGGUGGGAUUGGAGGUCAAGGUGGAAUUGAUGGUCAGGGAGGAAAUGGUGGUCAGGGAGGAAAUGGAGGUCAAGGUCAAGGGGGCACAGGAGGCAGAGGUGGCGGUAGGGGAGGAGGAGGGGGAAUGGGAGGUGGAGGAGGUGGUGGUGAGGGGGGAGGCAGGGCAGAGGGAACUGACUGCUGUUGUGUCAAUUGGGGAGGACUCAAACCCCACAUAGAGUGGGUAAAUGUUCCAGUUUGCUAUCACCCAAGCUGCAUCUGCCAACCUCACUGUGAGCACUGCUACGACCUGGACUGUCACCACUGCUGCUGUGAACCUUGCUGUGGCGGCUGCUGCGGCCAUCACUGUCAUCACUGUUGCCAUCACUGUCCCUGCUGUCACUGCUGUCACCAUUGCUGUCACUGCUGCCAUUGUAGGCGAGGGGUAGUGACAAACAAACCGCCAUUAGCUCCUAGAAGGAAAUCAAGGAAACAUGAUAAGUCCAAGAAAGUAUCGAAGAAAAAGAAGUAUCACAAAAGAAAUUGCUUUUGUGUAACACCGCUCGUCUUGCGCAUGCCCUUCUUCCCGAGACUGUGGUAAUGGUAAUUAGUACCAAAGACUGAGUACUAGUGCAGAAAGGAGAUAUCUCCUAGGAUUAGUUCAGCAAGAAUAUAGCUGUGUACAAAAAGAAUGCCCACUGAUGAAACCGAAAAGAGCUGGAAGCAAUGCCAGAGACAGUUUCGAACACAACCAACUUCGUGGCUAGGGUGUUAUGUACAAAAUUAUGUAAUUAGUUAGGAGAAAGAGCAAAAUACUUGGAUAAUAAAGUUUGAUUUCUUUUGUUUUUA